UUUUCAGGAAACCAUCUUUGUCCCAGACAGAAGGGAAAAAAGUGUAAAAGCAACAGAUCCGAGGGGCGUCUUAUCUUGUAGAAUAAAACCUGAAUCGUCUCUCAGGAUAAGCUGUGCUGAAGGGGAUGCUGGGGGUGGCAGAGAUGACGGGCAGCAACAUGGCCAAUGCCCUGGCAAACGCCUCAUGCGAACGGUGUAAAAGCGGAUUUGCCCCAGCAGAGAAGAUCGUCAACAGCAACGGCGAGCUGUAUCACGAACAGUGCUUCGUCUGCGCCCAGUGUUUCCAGCAGUUUCCUGAAGGGCUCUUUUACGAGUUUGAGGGAAGGAAAUACUGUGAGCAUGAUUUCCAGAUGUUGUUUGCUCCCUGUUGUCACCAGUGUGGGGAGUUUAUAAUUGGGCGUGUGAUUAAGGCCAUGAAUAACAGCUGGCACCCUGACUGUUUCUGCUGUGAUAUCUGCCAAGCCGUGCUCGCCGAUGUUGGAUUUGUCAAGAACGCCGGCCGCCAUCUCUGCCGUCCGUGUCAUAACCGCGAGAAAGCUCGAGGCCUCGGGAAGUACAUCUGUCAGAAGUGUCACGCCAUCAUUGAGGAACAACCCCUCAUUUUCAAAAACGACCCUUACCAUCCCGACCACUUCAACUGCAGUAACUGCGGUAAGGAGCUGACUGCCGACGCUCGCGAGCUGAAAGGAGAGCUUUACUGCCUACCCUGCCAUGAUAAGAUGGGAGUGCCGAUCUGUGGCGCCUGCAGGCGUCCUAUCGAGGGCCGUGUGGUCAACGCCAUGGGCAAACAGUGGCAUGUGGAGCAUUUUGUCUGUGCCAAGUGCGAGAAGCCUUUCCUGGGACACCGUCAUUACGAGAGAAAGGGACUUGCUUACUGCGAGACUCACUACAACCAGCUCUUUGGUGACGUUUGUUAUCAUUGCAACCGCGUGAUCGAAGGAGAUGUGGUGUCGGCUCUGAACAAGGCUUGGUGUGUGAACUGCUUCUCGUGCUCGACCUGUAACACCAAGCUCACCCUCAAGAACAAGUUUGUGGAGUUCGACAUGAAGCCGGUGUGUAAGAAAUGUUACGAGAAGUUUCCUCUGGAGCUGAAGAAAAGACUUAAGAAGCUGGCGGAGACCCUGGGCCGCAAGUAGAUCUCCUCGCCCACAGGGGGAGCCAAAGGAUGGUCAAGUAUUACAUCUAUGGUGCUUAAAGAAUAAACAGAGACCAAACUAAAUCUGGACCGCAUAUUAUCUCGGAUUAGUCGUCAUUUGUGUCUUACUUUGUUUUCGUACUUAAACUUUAAAUUUGUUUUUCCAUGACAGUUCGUAGUCAGUGGAUUUUCUUUGGUCUCACACCAACAGAUGUUCCUGUCUUAACACACUGCAACCAAAACCAAACAAAUGCUUUUAUAUUGUUUAUCGAGAUAUAUGUACUUGCAUGUUUAUAAAGAUAAUGCUAGUUGUAUUCACACUGUUCAGAAUGAUUAUUCAGCACAUUUUUGAAUUCUGUUGCUUCAUAUGCAAUGCCACAGAGCUUAUUCUCAAGGCUGAACCCCUUUCUGUGUCUGACCCAAGGACCAGCUUUGAUGUAUUGAUCUGAGAGUUGCAUUUGAUAUUUAAUGUAUGCUCAAGCCUCACAUUUUUCUGUCAGACAGGGGAUCAAAAGUUAAUGCAUGAUGUAAUGAGCCUGGAGGAACACGACAAGCUCUAAACCAAACUCUUCGCUCGACUGAAAGUGCUCAGGCUGUGUAAUCUCCUUCCCAGUUUAAAUUAUCUUGCUUUAUUAAAGCCUUCACUGUGUUCUCGAAAUAUGCAAUAAAUUAGACCACUUAUAGUUCCUUCUGAGAGGUUUAUGAACUGUGUUGACUGUCUUGUGUCAUAACAUCCUCGUCUUUUUCAUUUUGAUUUAAGUUUAUUUUUAUGACAUGCCUGCCUUAUUUUUUUUUUUGGAGAAAAAUGCCUUUGAUAGUCUCCAUAUAUAAUGAACUUGUGCCUUGUGUAUUGUUAUUUACAUUGACAGUAAUUACUUACGGUUUAUGUAACAGUUGACUAAACAUAAACGAUUUGACUGUCCUUUGAUUUUAUAAUCUGUUUCAAGUACGAAAGUCUUUUUUAAUGCCUUCACUACAUUUCUGCUUACAUUAAUUCACAUAAUUAUAUUUUGUGUUUGAUUAUGCAUUAAGCUACUUGCAGUUUUUUUUAUUUUUACAGUCAGACAUUUCAUUUUAAUUAACAGUAAUUUUUAAAGCCAUAGCAAAACUGCUUUAUGAUUUCAUCACGGUCUGCGUUCACUGAAUGAUGCAUUUUUGGCAAAAUAUGUAUUAAUGUGCUUGCUGGCAGCUUUUAAAGAUAAAUCUCACUAUGUUCUGUAUGAAAUAUCAAAAUAUAUUAAUAAAGUAUGCACUAUUUCUGA